AUGCUAUUGAUUGAAAUAGAGAAUUUGAAUCAUUUAACUGAUGCACUUGCACAUUUUGUUGAUCAAGAAGCUGUUAGUACAUUUCUGUGCAGCAACUGUCAUAAAUCUGUGAUACUUGAUAAACGUAUCACUAUCAGUGAAUUAUCACCAAUCUUAAUUAUCAAUUUCAAACGAUGCAAAAUGGCAUUUGAUUCAAGUGAAAAACUUUUGCACCAAGUAAAUUACAAUGAAUUAUUAGAUGUUUCACCUUAUAUGACGUCUCAUUUACUGAAUUCAAACGAUAAAAAAGAGAACAAAAAUCCAUCAAAUAAUAUUCUCUAUAAAUUGUACGCCGUUAUUAAUCAUGUUGGUGAUGAUCUUAGCAGUGGUCAUUAUUACUCAUAUAUUCGAUCACGAGAGGACCUCUGGUUUCUUGUUGAUGACGCACACUUUCGAAACGUGCCAUCAAAUGAAGUUUUAAAUCAUUCAGAAGCUUUAAUGCUAUUUUAUGCUAAUACAUUUAAUAUAUCCACAACAAUUGAUACAUCAUUUUCACAAAUACCACAACCAUUAAUGUCUUCAACAACACCAAACAACAUUGCUUCGUAUUCUUCUAUUUUAACUGCAUCCAUUCUAGCAAAUUCAACGUCCAUAUAUGAAUCAACCAUGUAUUUGAAUGAACAACUACCGAAGACAAAAUCUUUAAUAGAUAUGAUGACAGCGAUGUCAUCCGAUAAUGUCCAAUCUAAAAAUACUACUGAAUCAACUUCGGAAAAUAUUCAUUCAAUAAUUAAUUCACGAAAAAGUAUUAUGUUAAAUAAUGAAUCUCUUCCUGGACAAACAGAGAGUAGUAUAACAAUCGGUAAUCAAUAUUCAAAUUAUCGAAUCGAAAAAAAGACAAAGAAAACUGAUCAUAUAUUUAAUAAUCAUGCACAAUGUCGAUCAAUACCUUCUGAAAAACUUUCGUUUUUUCAAAAUAAAACUAGUAAUGACUCAAUAGAUAAAAUAUGUGACAGUGAAGAAACACGAAAAGAAGCCUGUAAGAAAUUAGCAUCGGUUGCAUCAGGUGUACCAAUUGACGAAAUAUUUGAAGAUACACUUCCUCAAAAACACAACUUUCGUUUAAAUGAAACUGAACUUGCCAAAAUGAAUCGAUUUCGAGAACAAGAACUAAAAAAACAAUCUGAUCGUAAAAUGCAAAUUAUGGGAUUAACAUCUGAUCCAUCUCUUUUACGAAAAAAAAUUUCGAAAAAUGCAAAUACGUCUACUGCCAUUAACAAUAUAAAUGGUAAUGAAUCUUAUCGAAAGGAAAAAAAAAUUGAAACAUACAGCAAGAUCAAUAUUGAAUAUCUGAAUUUACUUCUGCCUCAUCUAAAACAUUACAAUUCAGCUUGUGGUCUAUGCAUUCGAUCGCGCUACUUUGGAAAGAAUGCAUCGAAAGGAACUUCUCUUCUUGUAAGAUGCAUUUUGAAAUGUAAUGGUACUAUUUGUAAAUUUAAAUGUACAGUACAUGUCAUGAAUAAUGGUCAUUGUUUUAUAAUUGCAAUAAAUCCAAAAAUUUCUCAUCAUAUAGGUGAACGAAUAAGUCGUCCUAUUCGUGGAUCUCGACGACAAGCAAUCAUUGAUAAGUUUAAAGCAGGUGCUUCAGUUUAUCGAUUACACGCUCAAUAUGAUAAAGAACGAACCAAAAAUGAAAGAAAAGGUUUUAAUUACGAUUGCACAGGAAAAUCAAGAAAAAUAUUUAAAAAGAUUAAAGCUGAAGCGACAGCUGAAUCUUUGCUUGCACCAGAUAUCACAUUAGGUAUUUUACAACUUCAUGAUCAAUUAGUUGAUGAAAUUAAUAAUGAUGGAACGAUCAAAGGUGCAAUACAACUUGUUCAACUUCGACCAUUUUGUAUUGUAGCAUUUACUGAAGCUUCAGUACGUUUGUAUGAUGUUAUCGUGAGUCAACCAGAAACGGUUUUAUCAUGGGAUGCUACUGGUGGCGUAAUUAAAAACACCACAUCAAGACAGUGUCUUUACUACGAAUUAACAGUAUCUCAUCCAAAUAUCGUAAAUGAAGACAGUUUAAUUCCAUUAACUUUUAUGCUAUCGGAAUCUCAAUCACUUCUUACUGUUAUUAAUUGGUUAAAAACAUUUAAAGAAUGCUAUAAAAAAGUACGUUUAACUUCUUAG